AUGGCAGAGGUUGGAGUCGGGAGCUUGCUAGUGGAUCCUGUUUUUAAUUACCAUGAGAACGAACUCAACGACCGACUGAAACGGCUGUACCCGGCUGUGAAUGAAGAAGAAGCACCUUUACCCCGAUCCUGGAGCCCCAAGGAUAAAUACAGCUACAUUGGGCUGUCACAGAACAACCUGCGAGUCCAUUACAAAGGUCACGGGAAGAACCAUAAGGAUGCAGCGUCAGUUCGUGCUACACACCCCAUUCCAGCAGCCUGUGGGAUUUAUUACUUUGAAGUGAAGAUUGUCAGCAAAGGUCGAGAUGGGUACAUGGGCAUAGGUCUGUCUGCACAAGGGGUCAACAUGAACAGAUUACCUGGUUGGGACAAACACUCUUAUGGUUACCACGGAGAUGACGGGCACUCCUUUUGCUCCUCUGGGACAGGGCAGCCGUACGGGCCCACGUUCACCACGGGGGAUGUGAUCGGCUGCUGCGUGAACCUAAUCAAUAACACAUGCUUUUACACCAAAAACGGCAUCAGCUUAGGUGUAGCCUUCACAGACCUCCCCCCGACAUUGUACCCCACUGUGGGCCUGCAGACUCCCGGUGAGAUUGUAGAUGCUAACUUUGGCCAACAGCCUUUUGUCUUUGACAUUGAGGACUACAUGAGUGAGUGGAGGGCUAAGAUCCACGGCAUGAUCGCUCGCUUUCCCAUUGAAGAGCGACUAGGAGAGUGGCAAGGGGUUCUGCAAAAUAUGGUGUCUAGUUAUCUGGUGCAUCAUGGGUAUUAUGCCACCGCAACCGCCUUCGCCAGAGCCACACAGACCACGAUACAAGAGGACCAGUCAUCAAUAAAAAACAGACAAAGAAUACAGAAGCUGGUGCUGGCAGGUCGUGUGGGUGAAGCCAUAGAAGACACUCAGCAGCUGUACCCAGGGCUGUUGGAUCACAACCCCAACCUUCUUUUCAUGUUGAAGUGUCGUCAGUUUGUAGAAAUGGUCAACGGUACAGACAGUGAAGUCCGGCGCUUGACCGUCCGCUCUCCCAAGUCGCAGGACAGUUACCCGGGGUCUCCAAACCUCAGUCCUUGUCGUGGACCAAACAGCACACCCCAGCACACUAGAGGAACAGACAGUCCCACCUGCAGUAACGGAGUGACCCCUCCCAACAAGGCAAAGCUUCAAGGGACUGUGGGCAGUAGCAGGUUUCCCAGUGCAUCCUCCUCAGCCUCUUCCUCCACCUCCUCUUCUCCUUCAUCCGUCAACUAUUCAGAGUCCAACUCCUCAGAUUCUACCAAAAGCCAACCACAUAGCAACCAAGAAACAAGUGACAGUGAAAUGGAGAUAGAAGCGGAGCAUUACACCAAUGGAGUUGUCGAGGGCUCAACCACUCGGAUCAUGAACGGCACCUACAAACACGAAGAGAUCCUUCAACCAGACGACAACAGCAUCGGCAACGGGAUGACAGACGAAGAGUGCUGUAACGGCAGACAGCUGUGCGCUGGGAACCAAGCGGCCACUGAGAGGAUGAUCCAGUUUGGACGGGAGCUGCAGGCGCUCAGUGAACAGUUGUGUCGAGAAUAUGGAAAGAACAACACGCACAAAAAGAUGUUACAGGAUGCUUUUAGCCUGCUUGCAUACUCCGACCCAUGGAACUGCCCCGUUGGACAGCAGUUGGACCCCACACAGAGAGAGGCACUCUGCUCUGCACUCAACAGCGCCAUACUGGACUCCCAGAAUCUGCCGAAGCAGCCGCCGUUGAUGUUAGCCCUCGGUCAGGCCACAGAGUGUGUGGAGCUCAUGGCCAGACCUACAUCCAGGGUGAUGUGA